GAUGUGAUAACUAACUCCAAAACGAGUGAUAUUUUGCCCCAAACUACCACGUUUGCCAAUGCUGUCUCUGGCUCAAACCACAACAACCACUAAAACAUACCAAGACACCUUCUAAAUCUCUCCUCCACCAAGUCAACAUCAACAUCUUUAUAGUAACUUGGAAGAAGCCUCUUUGAAAAUAUUAUUAUUAUUAUUAUUUUUUUUUCUUUAAACUCUGGAUUGUGCACAGAGUUUAGCGCUCAUCUCCGGGCACUUUGCGAUUCUGUUGUUCUCAGAUAGAACGUGACCCCCUAACCACAUAAAGGAAGAAAAGUAGUAUGUGUUUUAUUUAUUUAUUUAUUUAGUUGCAAGCUCUGUUUUUUUUUUUCUCCGGGUGGGCACUGUGGUUUCCUCCCACACCCCCAAAACAUGCAACAUUAAUUGGACACACUAAAUUGCCCCUAGGUGUGAUUGUGAGUGCGAUUGUCUGGGAACCAGUCCAGGGUGUGCCCCACCUCCUGCCGAUGACAUCUUGGAUUGGCUCCAGCACUCGCGAGACCUUUUGCGAGGAUAGGCAACUGAAAAUGGAUACAUAAAAAGAUGACGCCCUGGUGCGACCCCUAACGGGACAAGCCGAAAGGAAAAGAAGCAUGAAUAAAUCAUAAUGUGGCCGAAUGAGUCAAUGAAAGAGGAAAAGACUUUUGGAAUGUUGACAUUUGCUUGUCCAGCGAAUGUGGGCGUGUGAGUGAAACGAGUCGCUGUGUCCAGGAGAGGGCGAGAGCGAGGACAGAUUUGGCCAGCGAAGAAGAAAACCCGGAAAAGAUUGGAAUCGUUGAUCCGCAGCGUCAAUUUGAAAGUUAUUUGAAUUUCAUCGUUAGACGUCUUUUUUCCACGUUGUCACGCCAGCCCAUCCAGCAUGACCGACGUGUGGCAGAGCGCAAUGGACCAUGCCGUCGCUGUGGCGCGAAAAGCUGGACAGAUGGUGCGCGAUGCGGUGGGGAGCCUGCAGAAGGAGGCGGUGAUGCUGAAGAGUUCGUCCGUCGACUUGGUCACGCAAACGGACCAGAAGGUCGAGGAACUCAUCAUCCAAUCUGUCAAGGAGAAAUUCCCAAGCCAUUGCUUCAUUGGGGAGGAGUCCGUGGCUGCGGGAGAAGUUUGCGUCCUGACCGACGCGCCCACGUGGAUCAUCGACCCCAUCGACGGGACCACCAACUUCGUUCACACCUUCCCUUUCGUCGCCGUUUCCAUCGGAUUUUCCGUCAACAAGCAGGUGGAGUUUGGCGUGGUGUACAGUUGCUUCCACGAUCAGAUGUACACGGCCCGCCGGGGGAGGGGCGCCUUCUGCAACGGGGAGCCGCUGCAGGUUUCCCAGCAGCGAGACAUCCAGCAGGCCAUCAUCGCCACGGAGUUCGGGUGCAACAGAGACCCUGAAACGGUGGACAAGAUCUUCUCCAGCCUCAAAAGGGUCGUCACCAUUCCUGUCCACGGGGUUCGCGGCGCAGGAAGCGCGGCCAUCAACAUGUGCAUGGUGGCGUCCGGCUGCGUGGAGGCGUACUACGAGAUCGGCAUCCACGUGUGGGACGUCGCCGCCGGGUCGCUCGUCGUCGCCGAGGCCGGCGGCGUCUUGAUGGACGUGGAGGGAGGCCCAAUGGACCUGAUGUCCCGCCGCGUUUUGGCUGCCAACAAUCGGAGCGUCGCCGAGCGUCUCGUCAAAGAAAUCGACGUCUUCAGCGUACGCCGAGAUGACGCAGCGUCGUGACCUCUGCGUUUGGCGCCAAUAAGUAACAAAUCUUAAAAUUUGAUGGCGUCAGUUUCAUAUUUUUUCAUCUGACCCAUAGCAGCCCUUGUGAAUUCAAAACAAAACACAGCUUACACUAUGCUCUGCUCUUAUUUUGAACUGCAUGUUGUUUGCCCUCGUUAGGAUUUGGGAGUCCUACAACGACUAUUAUGAGUCAGUAGUUAGUUAUUAUUCUCAUCCCGGUCACUUCAUACUCAAGGGUAUUGAACAGAUCUAGCUGGACUGUUCUGUCUGUCUAAGAAGACGUUUCGCCUCUCAAAGUGCUGCAAGGCUUUGUUGGGACGCACUAGCCUGAUUUGGUGUGGAAAAAUAAACUACAGUCUGGCGAAAAAGUAACAAAUUCUUAUGCAGGUGAAGCCAGAAGUUGACCUACACUGAAGAAACACAAUAUGAAGUCAAAUCAGACUAAAACUCUCCUGUUGCAGGUCAGUCAAGAUCAAAAUUUUCAUUUUGUUAAAUGGCACAAUAAUGAGAGAACUUGACAUUAUUUUCUUUGAGCUCAACAGUUAACGUACACAACAACUACUGUGUCUUGAAAUAACAUGGGGAAGCCCAGAUAACUGCCGGCACAUCUGAGCAUGCAUGCCGCGCCUCAAAUACUCUGCUUCCCUGUUUGAGAUCGUGGGAAAAUCAAAAGAAAUUGGCCGGGAAAUCAGAAGAAUCGUGGCUCUCCAAAGGUGCGGCUCAUCCUUGGGUCCAAUUUCCAGAUGCUUGAAGGCGCCGCAUUCAUCUGUUCAAACCCUUAUACACAAGUAUAAAUAUCAUGGGAAUCUCGGGCUCGCCGAGAAUGAAGCCAUUACUCGUAAAGAAACAUAAAAAAGGCGGAUUAUAGUUUGCAAAAAGACACCAAGACAAAGAUCUUAACUUCUGAAGACGGGUCCUGUGGUCUGAUGAAACUCAAGGGGAGCUGUUUAUCCUCACGAGGGUUGCGGCAGCGCUGGAGCCUAUCCCAGCUGUCAACCGACAAUAGGCGGAGUACACCCUUGAGCUGGUUGCCAGCCAAUCGCAGCGCACACCGAGACAGACAACAGUCGCUCUCACAAUCACAUCGACGGAGCAAUUUACUGUCCAAUUAACCUCGCAGACACGGGGAGAACAUGCAAAUUCCACAUAGGGAAGGGGGUUGGGAUUUGAACCCCGGUCCUCACAACUGUGAGGCCAACGUGCUCCAGCUGCGCCAGAGUGUCGCCCUCAUAUGAACUUCUCUCUCUCUCUCUCUCUCAUCGUUGUGGCUUUUAACAAAAUGAAAUAAUUUGGGUGAUCCUGAUUGACCUGAAACAGCAUUUGCUUUCAGACAAUGAGAUUAAAAAAAAAAUAAAAAUGAUUUGGACAAUGUAUGUCAACUUCUGGCUUCAAUUGUAUGUUUGCAUACUUUCUUCACUUCCUUUAUCUUGUCAAAGAGAUGUAAAAAGAGAAAUGUUUCAAGUCAACUUCAAAUGUUUUAAAUUGGCAAUUGAUUAACAGAAAGUUACCGGGCCCUGUGUGGGAAAAGUAAUGACCCCGUUGUUAACUGGUGAAUUCAUUGUGGCGAAAGCUCACAGAAUGUAUCCAAAGUGGUUUCAGAUUCGGGUGCAAAGGCAGGGAGCAAAAUAAAGCGCUUCAUAUUAUCGUA